AUGUCCUUAUCGCGAUCACCCUCUCCCCACCCGGGCGGAGGGUGGUCCAGCCCGGGCCUCACCCCCGGCAGUGGUAAUUCGACUCCGCGCGGCUAUUCGCCCUCGGGAGCUUCACUGGCUCCCAGCGGCAUUUCGUGGGCUGCCGCUAAAGCGAAAAGCGACGAGGUGCGCGGGUACCCUUCAUUCUCGACGCGCAACUCGGGGUUUUUCUCCCGACAGAAACACCGUAUCUCGGCGCGCUUGCCCAGCUUCCGCGGGGAAUCGCACAGCUAUGUCGCCAAAGACCAAUACGGACGCGCUCACCACCGUCACGGAGGUGGUCGUGGGCCCUUUGGGAUUCUGUUUCGGCGAGGCCGGUCUCGUUUGGUCCUCGGACUGUUCUUACUAUGGAUUGGAUAUCUGUGCUUUUGGUCCACAAUCGUCCAAUUCUACCGACGGUCGCCUCUCGGUGGAGGCCGCAAAUUCGUGAUCAUCCUCGGCUCGAACGUCGAGGGCGGCGUGAUGGAGUGGAAAGGCGCACGCGAAUGGGCGAUUGAGCGCAACAGCAUCUGGAACAAGAAACAGUAUGCGAAGCGAUGGGGCUACGAGCUUGAGGUCGUCAACAUGCUGGCUAAGAAGCGGUAUUCGCACGAAUGGCGCGAGAGCUGGGAGAAAGGCGACGUGAUCCGCGAAGCCAUGCGCAAAUAUCCGGACGCCGAGUGGUUCUGGUGGCUUGAUUUAAACACCUGGAUUAUGGAACACGACACUUCUCUGCAGAGCCAUAUCUUUAAUCACCUGGAUGACCGCGUCUACCGGGAUAUCAAUGAGUACAACCCCAUGAACAUCACCCACCCGCUGCCGGAGUUCUAUCUGGAUGACCUUGGUCGCGCUCUGGAGGGGGAUGGAGACCCAGACUCGCUCAACAUGCUCCUGACGCAGGACUGUACCGGUUUCAAUCUGGGAUCUUUCUUUUUACGACGGUCCCUCUGGACCGACCGACUUCUUGAUUCAUGGUGGGACCCGGUCAUGUACGAGCAGAUGCACAUGAACUGGGAGCACAAAGAGCAAGAUGCCUUUGAAUAUGUCUACCAAAGCCAACCCUGGAUACGAAGCAGCGUUGGCUUCCUCCCGCAACGCACCAUCAAUUCCUUCCCACCCGGCGCGUGCGGCGACGAGAACAACCCGCAAUUCCACUAUCAAGAGGAAGAUCGCGAUAUGGUAGUGAACAUGGCUGGAUGCAUGUUUGGUCGUGACUGCUGGACCGAGAUACACGAUUUCCGAGAACUAAGCAACAAGUUGCAUCGCAGCAUCUGGGGACAACUCAUGGAGAGCUGGCGUGGGACAUACGACGCGGCUGACAGCACGGAUGACGACGACGGGCAAUAG